UGUUCGGGUGCAGCACUUAAGAUGACCGCUAGUAAAAUCAGCUUAUGCAGUCAAAAAUGUGCCCUAAAUGGUCUACCUAAAACAUUCAUAAGGAGAUAAUAAACAAUGAACACCAUUGAUAAAGUAGACCUGAAGCGCUUAGGAGACAUGUAGGGGUACGGUGGACAAGCCACGCUGAUGCAAUGAUAAAACAAGAGCUUCCCUCGAACUGUGGAAAGGACUUCAAUGUGGCUUCAACACAUCAUCUGCCUACUCUUUAAUCGAAAUGGCUCCUCUCGCACUACGUCUUCUUUCGCGUAACCCUGAUUUUGAUAUGUCCUACACCUCGGACGCAUUACGCGGGCAAUGGUCCAAACCUAGCGAUGCUUUCAGUGUUCUACUCAUUCUCGGCGGCGACGUGAUUGGUCGAGCACUCGCACAGUUGACCGGGUCGGGGUUCGCACCUGUCACGUUCUCUUUCGGCUGGGUAUCCUACUCAGUCUCGGCGCUUCUCUCCGCCAUGGGCGAGAACAAGCUGAUGCCUCCCAACCCGGAUUGUAAAUGCAAGGUCAUUAACGCAAAGAACGGUUAUAGCAGAGAAAACACCAGUUGGAUUCUAGGCAGGAUCAUUCGGGACUAUGAAUUUUGGAUGCAUCCAAAGAUAGCGGAAAAGACAAACGAGGUACUUGCCAAGAAGAUGGAAGAAGCACGGUUGCCGGCGAAGCCUAGUAUUUCAGGCCUUGUCGUCUCAAUUUACGAGCCUGAUGAGACAAACGAAGCAAAAACGGUUAAGAAUGACAUAGUUUACUGGAGUGGUGUUGGUUCAAUUUUAUUGCAACUCGGCGUCGCAGUCAUACCUCUCGGUUUAUAUGGCGAUUGGGGCGUUCUCGUUAUCACCGCGGCUGGGGUCUGUCUUGCUAUAGCAACUAGCCUGCUCCCGCAAUGGAAAAGGGAGAAAUGGGCAUGUCGUGAAAAGUCCAAGGAUCCCUAUAUCUUGACUCGGGGCAAUGGAACCCAGCACGCUCUUAUUAUCCUUGGGAAUCGACAUGGCCUUAACUUGGAGGACCUUGCUUCCGGGCAAGACAAUGUUACAGCCAACGCCACUCCCUUUACCUGCGUAGCCCUGUCCAUACUCAGUGUGCUCUGGAUCCUACUCCUCAUCACGGCAACAGGACUGACAGAGAAUACGUGGUUCCUCCUUGCUGUCGGUCUUAUAGGCAUUGUUCAAAAUACCUUUGCUGCAAGUGCAGCCCGACGUCCGAGCAACUUUGGGAUUCCUCUUCAAUUUGUGGAAGUAAUUGGCGAGACGAAGGUGAUGGAGACAUUGUACGCUGUUGAAGAGAAGUAUCCUGGAAUUGGUCGAAAUAUGCUGAAUGAGUUCUUCACUGGUGAGCUACGCCCGGAUGAGAAGGAGAAGUGGAGAAUAGGUACUUAACAAGAAACGUGCCUCACG